AUGGCGGCGGCGAUGGCGGCGGUGCGGUGGGUGCUGCUGGCAGCCGCGGCCAUGGCGGCGGUGCUGGCGCUGGACAACGGGCUGGCACGGACACCGCCGAUGGGCUGGCUGCACUGGGAGCGCUUCCUCUGCGGCACCGACUGCGGCUCCGACCCGCACCGAUGCGUCAGCGAGCGGCUGUUUGUGGAGAUGGCCGAUGUGAUGGCUGCUGAGGGCUGGAGGGAUGCAGGCUAUGAGUUCAUCUGCAUUGAUGACUGCUGGAUGGCUCCGACACGGGAUGAGCACGGCAGGCUCCAGGCUGACCCAAAGCGGUUCCCCAGUGGGAUCCGCAAGCUGGCUGACUACGUCCAUUCCAAGGGCCUCAAGCUGGGAAUCUACAGUGAUGUUGGGAACAAGACGUGUGCUGGCUUCCCUGGCAGCUACAACCACUAUGACCUGGACGCACAAACUUUUGCCUCCUGGGGUGUGGACCUGUUGAAGUUUGACGGCUGCAACUCUGACACGCUGGAGCUGCUGGCAGAAGGUUACAGACGCAUGUCUCUGGCCCUGAACAGGACUGGAAGGAGCAUUGUGUACUCCUGUGAGUGGCCUUUCUAUCUGAGGCCUGUGAAGCAGCCCAAUUACACAGAGAUCAAACAGUACUGCAAUCACUGGAGGAACUUUUUUGAUGUCUAUGAUUCCUGGAGCAGCAUCAAGAGUAUCUUGGACUGGACAGCACUUCACCAGGACAGCAUUGUGAAGAUAGCUGGGCCAGGGGGCUGGAACGAUCCUGACAUGCUGGUGAUUGGAAACUUCGGGCUGAGCUGGGACCAGGCAGUGACUCAAAUGGCCAUGUGGGCUAUCAUGGCAGCUCCCCUCUUCAUGUCCAACGACCUGCGGCACAUUAGUCCUGAGGCCAAGUGGCUGCUCCAGAACAAAGAGGUGAUCGCCAUCAACCAGGAUCCGUUGGGCAAGCAGGGAUACCAGAUCACCAAGGACAAAAACUUUGAGCUGUGGGAGCGGCCCCUGUCUGGCCAAGCCUAUGCCGUGGCAGUGCUGAACCAGCAGGAGAUUGGGGGACCCCGAAACUUCACCUUCCCCCUCACCCUCCUUGGCAACGGGCUGGCCUGCAACCCAGCAUGCUCCGUGUGGCAGGUCCUGCCAGCCAGCAGGGACUGCGGGGUGUACAGCUGGGUGUCCUCGCUGAGCGUGGAGGUCAACCCAACAGGCACUGUGCUGCUCAAAGUCAUGGCAGUAUAGGAGGCACAAAGGCAAUCUCUUUGUAAGCCUCAGGCUCUUUCUAAACUUCUUGUCAAAAGAAGUGGGGUGGGUGCCUUUGUUCUCUCCUCAGGCAUUUGCUACUCAAGUGCUUCUACAUGGACUUUAAACCUUCAGCCUAAGGUGACAAAUACCCAUCACUCCAUUACCAAGAGGUAGCAGAGAAAGGGGUGCUGCUUCUCAUUUACCCUUUCUCUCAUAUCUCACCCACCUAAUUCUUUCCCCAAGGGGCUUUAAGGACUGCAGCAGGGUAGCAACUGGUCAUACCUACUGCCACUACCAAGGAAAUGCAGAGGACACAUGCAGCAUCUUACAGCUCUCCUUAAGCAUUUCAGGGACAACAGGGAAACACCCUGGCCGCCUUGCUCUUGCUUUGCCAGGCUGGCGUAGAGUUCAGGAACAAGAAACCCAACACUCCUUCCAGGCAUGGACAUCUACCUUCUUACCACUCAGGGACUGGCUUAAAUCAUUGCACUUCUUAGCAACUGCUUUCUUAACAGCUGCCUGCUUAGUGAAAAUGUAAGUAUCAUGUCUUGGGACUCAGCUGUUGGAGGUUUCUCCUUACUCAGGAGUCUCUCACCAGGGAUGGACACUGCCCUUUAGAUGACAACUCCAUGAUGCAACUGAGAUACUAUCAUGUGAGGUGCCUCCCAGAAGUACCUGUGUGCUUGCUUUCCACUGCUGCAGUAACCUUUAGGUUCAAUAACACAGGUCCCUCUGGGACAGGAGAUGGAUACUUAAUCACUUUUGCAGCUAUCAUGUACAAGUAUGUUCUCUUCUGAUUACUGCACAAUCAGGGUAUAUUGAUUUGUUCUUACUUCUGUGAUCAAUAAUUUUGAUUAAAAUACCCCUGUUAAAGGCCAA